AUGGCGAGUUCUUUUCGUAACCCUAUCAUCCCUGGUUUCAAUCCGGAUCCUACAAUCGUACGCGUGGGUGACGACUACUUUCUGGCGACAUCUUCCUUCGAAUGGUUUCCUGGAACGCCUGUUUACCACUCAAAAGACCUGAUUAAAUGGAAUGUAAUCGGGCACGUCUAUACCCGCCCAUCUCAGCUCGACAUGCGAGGGACUGCGCCAAGCGGCGGCUUGUUCGCUAACGCGCUACGAUACCACGAGAAGACGAAGACCUCCGUUGCUGUUGCUUUUGCUCAUUCAUCGAUACUCAAGACCACGAAAACGCCGCGAUCGAUGUUUGUCCACACCACGAAUAUUUGGGACGAAAACAGUUGGAGCGAUCCGACGUACGUCGACCAACCCGGCUUCGACCCCGACCUGUUCUUCGACGACGACGACAAGAUCUACCUGACCACCGCCCUGGGGGCCCCUCAGAUACCCGACUCGGGCUACUUCGCCAUCUGGAUCACCGAGAUCGACAUCGAGACGGGCGACUCCCUCGUCGAAUCGGAGGUGCUGCACGUCAGCACCUUGCCCUUGGACACGCCCCGUCUGGCGGAGGGUGCCCAUAUAUUCAAGAAGGACGGAUGGUACUACUGCAUGACCGCGGAGGCCGGGACGGGAGUGCAGCACCGCGAGAUGAUCAUGCGGGCCAAGUCGAUCAAAGGGCCUUGGGAAGAGAAUCCCAACAACCCGAUCCUGUUCAACGGACGUAACACGUCGCUUCCGAUCCUCGCGACCGGACACGGCGAUCUCGUCGAAACGCCGGAGGGAGAGUGGUACAUGGUCUUCCUGGGCAUCCGCCCGCAGAAUCCCCGGAACGCGUCCGGGGUGCCGCAGCUCAAUCGCGAAACGUUCCUGGCACCCGUGACCUGGGAGGAUGGAUGGCCGGUUGUGAAUCGUGGUCAACCUAUCACGUUCGAGAUGCCUGGUCUCUAUAAUUUGGCCAGGCCCCCUCUCUGGCGGGACGAGUUCAAUGGGAACUUCGCCGAUAAGGGUUAUUACACCCAACGCACACCGUACAAGGCGUUCCAUUCUUUUGGCGCUCGACAUGGAUACCUGCGUCUCCGCGGAAACCCUUACAUGCUCUCCGACCGAGACACUCCCGCCGCCUUCUUCCGCAAACAAGUCGACCUCGAGACCGUCUGGAGCACCGAGCUGGACUUUCAGCCCACCUCGCCCCUGCACGAGGCCGGCGCGACGGUCUUCCUCUCCAUCUCGUACCACAACGAGAUCGCGGUCACGCUCCACCCGAACGACACCUCCCGGCGCGUCGUGACGGCGCAGACGCGUACCGGACCGGAGGCGACGCUCAACCAGACUUAUUACGACAUACCCAGCACGGGCAGCGUGCGGUUGUUCAUCAAGGCGGAGAGGGACAGCUAUUCGCUGGGAUACGCGGUUGUCGGGGACGAGGAACCGACGUACGUCGCGACGUUGGCCAGCCAGUGGUUACAGGCCUUCUUGCCUGGCUGGCAGGUGUUCACGGGUGCACACUUUGGCGUGUAUUCGACCGGGAACUCGCUGCCGAUGCUCGUACCUGCGGACUUCGCAUAUGUUCAGACGGAGCUCAUUGCGGACGUGUCGUGAUGGUCAAGACUCACAGAACACGUCCCCACAGAUUGGGGGUCGCAAGGCCUGUCUUGUUUGGAAGGACACCUGAUGUCAGGGGCGAGGUCUGCAGGCGAAGCUAGAUACCGGGAAGGCUCGUUUUGCAGUUCAGUCGGAGAUCGUUCUCAUUGGUUCUCCUCGGAGCGGAAGAGCUGGGCGUAUAGCUGUGGGUAGCGUUUGUCUUAAGAGGUAGUGGAACGCCGUACGGCGAUCGGAGAUGAUCAACAAC